GUUUGAAUUUUUGGUUGGCACGAACCAAACUUAUACAAAUAUUCUACAGAAGGGAUUUUUCAGUUGUAUAUAGGUGUGAUUAUUCUAACGCUACCACAUAGGUUUUAGAUGUAAGUGCUCGUGUUAAAAAUCUAAUAUAUUUUUGAUGCGUGUUUGGCUUUUAAUAAUUAAUUUAUAUAACUUUUAAUAUAAUUAGGGCUCAGACAAAUAAAUUAUGACUACAUUUACCUCGACGUCAAAAAAUGUAUUCAUGCGCACGACUCAGAAAAGCAUUUUGAAAGGAGGGGAAUGGCAAGAUGUUGGGAACCCAGAAUAAUAUUUCGUAGAUUGUAAGACACAGGGUUUUGGAUGUAAGGCAUGGAUCAGAGUAGAUCAGCACAGCAGAAGCUAAUCGUUACAUCUAUUGUGGAAUAUAAGGAUGAAUUUGAAGAGAAGUAUGAAAAGGGCUACAUUGCUCUCCAGAAUCUAAUUUCAGGAUUGUCAGAAAAAGAAGCACAGAAUGCCUUAAACAAUGCAGUUUGCAAAGAUAAAGCCCAUGAUGAAUUAUCUUUAGGCCUUCUGUAUUCAAUUUUAACAAUACCACCUAGUGCUGCUAAGACGUACCGCGACCUGACGCUGAUCACGCGCGACGGCCUGAGCGGGGCGCUGGCCAGCCUCGCGCACCUGGCGGGCGACCGGUACCUGCGCCUCACCGAGGUGGCGCGGGCCCAGCUGGUGUGGCUGGCGCGCGAGCUGGUGCGCAACGCCGUGCCGGGCGUCGACGGGCUGUGCUUCGUGCUGCUGCGGCACGCCGCCGGGGGCGACGUGUCCGCCCGCAACGUGCUGCUGGUCGAGUCCCUGCUCGACGUGUUCGUCGAGAACAGACUAUGGCUGGACAAGCAUCCGGUGAUGAUUUCAAUGGUGGUGUACACGUACCUGAGGCUGAUCGAAGACCACAUGAGCCCCAUGUUCGCCGUGUUGAGGCAGAAGGAGGUAGCGUUCGUCUCGACUCUCGUCAGGGAACGCUUUCCCGAGUGCCUGGCCAUCGGCAGGGACUUUGCCCGUCUGCUGCAGAACGUGGCCCGCAUACCCGAGUUCGACAAGUUGUGGAGGGACAUUCUGCAGAGGCCAAAGUCUCUGUGUCCAAACUUCACUGGUGUGCUGCAGAUUCUUCAGACCCGUACAUCUCGACGAUUCCUCCACUCACGUCUCACACCCGACAUGGAGAAGAAACUAGCAUUCCUAACUGCAAACGUUAGGUUCGGAUAUCACAAACGUUACCAGGAGUGGUUCCAGAGACAGUACCUGGCAACUCCAGAGUCGCAGUCCCUGAGGUGCGACCUCAUCCGCUACAUCGUGGGGGUGAUACACCCGACGAACGAGCAGUUGGGCUCGGACAUCACGCCACGGUGGGCCGUGAUUGGCUGGCUGCUCACAACGUGCACCUCGGUUGCUGCCAGUGCAAACGCUAAGUUAGCACUGUUUUACGACUUCUUGUUCUUCGAUGCGGAGAAGGACAACAUCAUGAAUAUAGAGCCAGCUAUUCUUGUGAUGUACAACUCCAUGAGGUCUCAUCCGUCUGUGACGGCCACGUUGCUUGACUUUUUGUGCAGAAUCAUUCCAAACUUCUGCCCGCCUCUAGCGGACAGUGUGCGGGCAGGCAUCUUCACCUCUCUCAACCAGAUCCUGGAGAAGCGCGUUCUGGCCUCUCUGAGCCCUCUGUUCGACAGCAAGACGCUGGACCGCGAUCUCCGCACUAACGUUAGAGAGGUCUUCAAACAGUUCUGUGUUCCGCCCUCUUUCGAAGGCAAAGUGGAUGAAUUUUCGCCAAGCUCACUGCCUGUGGCUAGCAUCAAAGAUGAUGUAAUUGUGAUGGAGAACCACAGUAUGUCGACCAAUCACACUUCUGUCAUGGAAUCUGAGCCAACAUUCAGUGAUGACGAGGAGGACAGACAUGUUAUAGUUGAAGACGAGAACCCAGAUGAAGACGAUGACGAUGACAUUCCUCUAGGUGAUAGAACAACCAAGGUGCGCCUCAAGGACAAGCCUGUGUCGGACUGCGAGGCCAGCGUGGCAGACCAGCUGGAAGGGGAGCUGCGCAAGGCCGUGCAGGAGCUACACCUGGAGAAGGACAACGAGGCGAGGUGCCAGGCGAUGGAGCGGUUGGUCCAGCAGGUGAUUCAGGAGGAGGAAAUGGACACAGAUCUGAUAUCCACGCUGGGGUCCUGCCUGUGCUCUGUCCUGGAGGAACAGUUCGAUAUGCCGGUGUUCCCCACGGAGCCCAGUGACGAGGCCAUAGAGGACAGCAUAGGCCGGCCGCUGUUCGUGAUGUUCCGCAACGUGGUGCAGUUGCCGGAGGACUCCCGGAGGAUGGUCCUGUUGAACCUGCUGGCGGAGAUGAUGUCCCAUCGGCCCAGCAUCGGCUACUUGCUCCUGUACUUCCUCAAGGCCUGCAAACUGUCGGAAGCCAAGCCAUCCGUGUACAUGGACUUCUGCCAGUCCAUGGACAAGAAGCUUGACAGUUGUCUCCUCAGUGAUCUCGAGCUGUGCAACGAGGACGACACGAGCCUAUUCUGCUGGCUGCUGCCCGACGUGUACGCCCAGUUCUCCCAGGUGGCCAUCGGGCACGUGCAGCUGCUGCACCUGGUGGUGUCCACGGUGUGCCCCGCCCGCCUGCAGAACCUCGUCUGCUACAUCCUGCAGGGCCGGCUCGUCAUGUUCCGGCCCGACUCGUUCCGCGCCUUGCUCUCAGCCAGCCUGCGCUGGGAGACCUUCGAGCAGUACUGCCUGUGGCAGCUGGUCGCGGCCCACGGCAUCCCCAUCGACUACGUGCUGCCCAUCCUGCCCAUCCUGCAGUUCGACGGCCACGCCGAGGCCCUCACCGCCAUCCUGCUCAUGCUCAAGCAGGAGAGGCCAACGGCAGACUUGCUUAAGCACCUGUUAUCGCGGGAAGUGCGGCCACCUAACGACAUCUUUGUGCUGUCGACGCUGCAGCACUGGUGCCGGGAGCACCAGGAGAAGCUCGGGGAGCUGAUAGCCGCUCUCCUGACCAGUCGCUACCCCAACACCUUCCCCAACAAGAGAAAAAGAGGGAGUGGUGGAGGGCAGAAGGUCGCAGCAAAUACUGGGCCUCCCACCGCAGAGCAGGUGCUGGGACACCUGGACCAGCUGCGCCAGGGCUGCCGCCAGAACCAGAGCCACCUGUACAGCCUGGACUCGAUGCAGCGCGCCCUGCAGCAGGCACAGUCGAGCUGCAGCGACGCGCAGAGGAAGCGCUUCAGCGACCUGUUUGCGCUGGCCGAGGCGGAGGAGGUGGAGGCGGUGGUGAAGAAGAGUCCCGGCCGCGGCGGGGCGGGCAGGAAGGCCAAGGGCAAGGGACGGGCCGCGCCCAAGGAGGCGUCCGACAGCUCCGACGAGAGCAGCGAGGAAGAAGAAAUAGUGAAGCCGAAACAUGCAAAGAAGAGGAAAAAAGUAAUUCUCGUGGGGUCGGACAGUGAUUGACGUCCCCGCGAACAGUACGAUGAACUGGAUGUUUUUACAACUUUUAUGCAAAUGUGUGCCAGUGCGUGUUACGAUCUGUGUGUGUGAAAGUAACUUUUAUUGGAGCUCUUAAAUGAGAAAAAAAAACCUGUACAUACCAAAGGCUAGCAAACUUCUUUUUUUUUUUUUUUUUUUUUUUUUUUUUAAGUGUAUCGUUGCGAGAAUGCAUCAUGGUGUGUAGCAACAAUUUUGAGUGUAAACACUUGUGCGAAUAUUUGAGCAUUUUUCCGAUCGAGAGGAACCGGUACAAUGUAUACACGAACGUAUGUUGUUAUAUCUGAAUGACCACUUUACCGAAUGUGUUUGCUACAUCAUUUUAUAAUUUUGAACGUGUUGAUUGAUGAAAAUAUUUUUCUGGAUUAUUUGUACAGUACUGUUUUUGUCUUAUUUAUGUUAUUAAUGUACACAAUGGUUUUCUCCCACAUUGGGACAGCCAAGUUGUGAUAUUAGAGCAGUGCGAGUCUGAUUUGUAUCAUAUUAUUAUGCAUAUUAUGGAUUAUAUUAUAUAUGUACUUUACGCCUGUUUUAUAACUGUACAGAUAUUUUGUAUUGGUUAUGUAGGAUACAGGCUGAUCCUACCAAACAGCCUUAACCUAACACACCAUCCCCAAUGCUGACGUCAGCAAAGGCAUUUGUUGUUUAAAGAGGUUCCCAUCUCACCACCAAUAUUGUAAAUAAAUAUGUAUAUAUUUACAGUA